AUGGGCUUUUUAUUUGCAUUGUUUAUCAACUCUAUUUUCAUCUUUAUUCAAUCUUAUUCGUGUGAUGCUAAGGAUCUCAAGGCAUGCAAAUUUGAUGCAAUAUAUCAAUUAGGAGACUCAAUAUCAGAUACGGGUAAUUCUAUUGUAGAAAUGCCUCAACUUUAUCAUGCAAGAUUUCCUUAUGGUCAAACAAUUCACAAAGCAACUGGUAGAUCCUCAGAUGGAUAUCUAAUAAUUGAUUAUAUUGCUCAAUCGGCUGGUCUUCCACUACUAGAGCCAUACGAGAAUCCAAAUUCAACUUUCAGCCACGGAGUAGAUUUUGCCGUUGCUGGAGCCACUGCAUCGUCCAUUAAAACCAUAAUAAACUGGCAUAUCCCACUUCCAUACACUAAUAGUUCUCUCUAUGUACAAAAUAAAUGGUUAAAGAAACAUUUGUCUGCAAUUUGCAAUGACAAAAAAGAAUGUAAGAGAAAACUUAAACAUGCUCUUUACAUGAUUGGGACAAUUGGAUGCAAUGAUUAUAUCAUUGCAUUUCAAUAUGGAAAAAGUAUUGAAGAGGUAAAGGUCAUGGUGCCAAGAGUUAUACAGUCCAUUAAGACGGCUAUUCGAAAAGUUAUUGAUUAUGGUGCUUAUCAAGUGGUUGUACCUGGAGCAUUUCAAUUGGGUUGUGCACCAAGCUUCCUUACGGCAUUUUCUUCAAACAAGUCUUCUUAUGAUUCACAUGGUUGUUUAAAAGACUACAAUGAUUUCUUUAUGUAUCACAACAAUCAUCUACAAGUUGCAUUGCAAAAAAUAAGAAAGAAGAAUCCUCACAUACACAUUAUAUAUGGAGAUCUUUACGGUGCUCUCGAGUGGAUUUUGGAUAAUUUUUCCAAUCUUGGAUUCAAAUCACUUAAAAAAGGUUGUUGUGGGAUUGGUGGAAGAUUUAAUUAUAAUCCCUCAAUUAAAAAAAUGUGCGGAGCUCAUGGAGUACCUAUUUGUUCAAACCCUAAAGAAUAUGUGUUUUGGGAUGGAUCACAUUUUACACAUCAAGCGAACAAAUACAUGUCAAAAUGGCUCAUUAAAGACAUCUUACCCCAGCUUCAUUGUAACAUAUGA